AUGUCCUCUAUUCUAUACAAUCCAGAUGACGAGCCGGUUGACGAGCUGGAUGACGAGCCGGUUGACGAGCUGGAUGACGAGCUGGAUGACGAGCUGGUUGACGAGCUGGUUGACGAGCUAGUUGAUGAGCCAGAUGACGAGCUGGAAAUGCUUGAUAGGAUGGGCAAGACAAUAAUAUCUUCUUAA